GCUCAAGGUGGGGGACGUUGCCAGGCACGAUCGGCUUGUGCAAAUGGGCUUGUGCAAAUGGGCACGAUCGGCUUGUGCAAAUCGGCUCGUAGGCGUCACCGCGUGAUCCCUCCUGGGGAUUGCUCAUGCGCGCGAUCGGUGGAUCACGUGAAAGACGGGUGGCUGCUCGCACGGGUGCCAGGCGUUGUCAGGCCGCCAUGUUCACCAGCAAAAAGGCCUGGUGCUGCGCGGCGCUUGGAUGCAGGCCCCCCAGAGGGCGGCGCCGGAGGCGUGGCCUGGCGGCAAGCCGCUGACGUUGGCGGAGCUCGAGCGGUGGGGCGGCGGCGGCGGCGGCGGCGGCGGCGCGGGCCGCAAGGCGGCCGCCGCACUCCACGCCGCCGCCUGCGGCGCCGUCGGCAGCGUCGCGGCGGGCGCGGGCCUCCCGCCUCGGCCGACCACCGGCGCUGCGGCGGCCGCCGGCGCGGGGUCGGCGGGGCAGGGAGCGCCCCUGAACGAUCCCGUGCCCCCGCAGGGCACAGCGCCAGUGGGCACGACCGCGUGCGUCAGCAGCUGGCGCUACGUCGACCACAUCGGUGCUGCCGUUCGCGCAGAGCCGCGCAUAGACGGGCCAAGGACGGAGCACGCUGUGGCGCCUGGCAGCAUCUUUGGCGUCUCCGAGGAGCGCCCUGGAGCGGACGGGGUGCUGUACCUGAGGCUAGCGGACGGCCGCGGGUGGCUCUUCGACAGCGUCCCCGGAGUCGGGGUGCUGUGCGCCAGGUGCGCCGACGACGGCGCGCGGGCAGCGCCGCCUGGCCAGGCUGUCGAGGGGGAUGCGCCUGGAGACGGCGAGCAGUGCAGCGGAGGAGGCGGCCAGGUCGCGGACAUGCCAGCCUUCGCUCCGGGCGACAGGGUGGAGUACAACAGCGCUAGCCUCGGCUGGAUCCCCGCCAGAGUGCUGCAGGUCAAUGUUGAUGGCACGUACAACCUCGAUUGCAAGCCGUGGGUGAGACUGGAACGGCUGCGCGCACUGGCAGGUGCGCUCGGGAAGGGAGAUGCAACCAGUGGGCAAGCACUGGCCAGGGGCUCACCAUCAAUGAAGCUGCCGCACUGCCCCGACCAGUCUUGCACGGCUGCAGAGGGUGGCAAGGGGAGCGCUCUCUCUGCAGUCUGGCGUGGCUCACGCUUGGCAACUAUCUCCCUCGUUCCUUACAGUGGCAGGGGCAGCAAGGGGGAGACGUGGAACUUAUGAUCCUUGUUGCCAGUCUUGGCUGCCAAAUUGCGGAUCCGAUGCCUAGUCUGCAAGUACGGCGGGAUGCCCUAGAGUAAUCAGUGCACAGUUCGAGGACUCUUGGUUUUGUAGAGUAUGUUGGGAUGCGCGGUUCGUUGCAGGACAGGGGCUCAUGCACGUGCUCCACACUGCGUGUCCAGUUAGGUGGUCUUUCAAAUUUGAUCAUUUAAUCGCUUCGCUCAUUCCGCCGGCCCGUCUUGGUGC